AUGGACGGCUUCGAGGUCUCCGAUAUGAGCAAUGCGCUCAAAGACAUCACUGACGGUCAAAACAAAAAGGCUGAGGCCGCAAGUGCUGCUCGUGAAAAAGGGUGGGCGGAGCCCGAAGGCUACGACUACUCCAUGUACAACAACAUUGUGCCCCCUAUUGACAAGCCUGCUGAAGUCCCCAGUCCGGAACGACAGCUUCCCGAGUGGGCGGCCAAGGCUGCUAAAUACGAAUGGAACGAUGAGUACGGAGAUAUUGGUCCCAAGAAUGAAGAGCUUGAGGAAAUGCUCUUCCGCAACGAGUACAUCAACCGAGCUGGGCUUAAGCUUGGCAAUCUGCAGAACAUAGAAGUGAUUGCAGAGAGUCGUGAGCGCCCAAAGCCGGUCAAGAAUUUUGAUGAUGCUGGAUUGCACCCUAUCAUGCGUCAGAAUAUCCUUCUGUGUCGGUAUGAAUACCCAACACCUAUCCAGGCAUACGCCAUUCCUGCCGUCCUCACCGGUCACGACCUCAUUGCGAUUGCGCAGACCGGAUCUGGGAAAACUGCAGCAUUCUUGAUCCCUGUUCUUUCGCAAUUGAUGGGAAAAGCCAAAAAGUUGGCCGCUCCUCGGCCCAACCUGGCUGCUGGGUACGACCCGGCAGUUGAUGCUGUCCGUGCAGAGCCUCUGGUGUUAGUGGUUGCUCCUACGAGAGAGCUGUCAACCCAGAUUUUCGACGAGGCACGUCGUCUGUGCUAUCGCUCAAUGCUUCGUCCGUGUGUUGUCUAUGGUGGUGCCCCCGUGCGUGACCAGAGAGAUGAGCUGCAAAAAGGAUGUGAUAUUCUCAUUGGCACUCCUGGAAGACUAUUGGACUUCAUGGAUAAACCCCACAUCCUCUCGCUCCGCCGUGUCAAAUAUACCAUCAUUGACGAGGCCGACGAGCUUCUCCAGUCUGACUGGGAAUCGGACUUCAACAAGAUCAUGUCCGGUGGGGACGUCAACGAAGAUGCGGACCACCGUUACAUGAUGUUUUCUGCAACAUUUAACAAAGCUUGUCGUGAACUGGCUCGUAAGUUCCUGGCAGAUGACCAUGUCCGUGUUCGCAUUGGACGCCCUGGGAGCACGCAUAUCAAUGUGGACCAAAACAUCGUCUACGCGGAGGACCAUCUCAAGAAGCAAUGUCUCUACGACUUGCUUCUUGCCAUGCCGCCCUCUCGGACUUUGAUUUUUGUGAACUCUAAGACCCAGGCUGACUUUCUGGAUGACUACUUGUACAACAUGGGCUUACCCAGUACUUCUAUUCAUUCCGAUCGUACCCAGCGGGAGCGUGAAGAUGCUUUGCGUGCUUUUCGUACCGCCAAAUGCCCUAUCAUGGUUGCCACUGGCGUUUCCGCGCGCGGUCUUGACAUCAAGAAUGUGAUGCACGUUAUCAACUUCGACCUUCCUCGUUCCGGCCAUGGCGGUAUUACUGAAUAUAUCCAUCGGAUUGGUCGCACUGCACGCAUUGGUAACGAAGGACUUGCAACCUCGUUCUACAAUGACAGGGACUCAGAAAUUGCUCCAGAGCUGGUCAAUAUCCUGAUCGAGAGCAAACAAAAGAUUCCUGACUUCCUCGACUCCUACAAGCCGUACAAUAACGAGGUUAAUUUCGACGAUGAUACCGAUGACGAGGCCAACGAGAACCACGAUGAAGGAAACAUUGAUACUGGGAAUUCCUGGGGCGGCAUUUCUAUGGAUUCUUCCAAUGAUGCCCUAGAUGCUACCGCUGACUGGGAGUGA